GUUUUUUGGGGUUUUUCCCCCCCAGCUCCCGGGGUUUGACGAUGGGUUAUUGCGCGGCCCUGAACUGCCGCAACGGCACCAGCGGCGCCUACAAGAACACCUCGGUCAGUUUCUAUGGAUUCCCCCUCCAAAACAAAGCCCUCCUGAGGCAGUGGAUCCAAAACAUGGGCCGGGACAUGGAGACCCCCUCCAAAUACCAGUGCCUGUGCUCGGAGCAUUUCGAGGAGAGCUCCUUCGAGGCGGACCCUGUGAAAAUCCGCAAGAGACGGCGCCUGCUGAAGGAAGCUGUUCCCAGCAAAUUCAUCCUGGCCUUGGAUGGCACCUGGCUCGUGGGGACACCCCGGGGCGGCGGCGACGUGACGAGCAACAAAACCCGAAAACGGAUCCGGAAUUCCGAGCCCUGCAGGGUCCCUGGGAUGUUUCCUCAGUGGCCACGUCUGCAGGAUUGGCAGAAUGAAUUUUAUAAGCAAUUGCUGAAGGAGAAAUUUGGACCUUUGAUCACACUGGGAAGAGACUGUCCUGUUCCCAAAAGCCAUAUCCCAGAAGGAGGAGCAGCAUGGGUCAAGGAUCCGCAGGAUUUGGAGGAAAGGAAAGUCCCUGCCAGCCUCAGCACAGGCCAUGGUGGUGCCAUGACCCAGGGAUCAUCCUCGGGAACAUCCCAAGCCCUGCACCACCACUGCUCUGACCUGGCAGAAACGUCGGGGAGCCGCCACAAUCCGGCACCAAAUCCAGCAAAUCCCAUGAAAAUCAGGAGUGGGCCCACGCAAGAUGCUGCCAUUUCCAAGCCUGAGCUGCUGACACGGAUUGAGCAGGGAGAGGAUCCCAACACUGAGGAUCAGGAGGACUCUGAGGGAGGAGAGACCCCCACGGACCCCAGCACUGGUGAGCCACGAGAUUCCUGGGACUCGGGGGGGAGAGUUUUUCUUCCCCGGGCCCGAUGA